UGAAUCGUUUCACAACUUUUUGUAAAGAGAAAAGGCAAAGACAAGAGUGAAGCAAACGCAUGCAAGGAAUGCUGCUAAUGUGUUAUGUGUAUGUGUGCUUGGCCGUUUCCCAUGCAGUACUAGCUAAGCUAAGCCCUUUUUUCAAAAGAAAAGCGGAUUCCCCUGGCCUUAAUUUGCAUAGCUAAGCUAAGCUAAGCAUAUAUACUUCCUUACUGCGCGAGGCAUACGUCUGCAUGCAACUUUCAGUUUCCUCGUUGUAUCUAGGCUUGUGCAAGUGCAGCAAUUAAUCCAGGGAAGAAGGAAAUUAGAUCCGGAGAUUGCUCCAGAUUGACCCAUGGGUUAGAGAUUCCAACUGGAGUUUGCUGGUAUUUGAAGGAUUGAUUUGAUCGUCAUGUCUGAAGACUCUGAACCGGAGGAGACCGAGAUCCAGUUCGAAGCAAGAAACGUCGAUGAUUCCGCGGGAGAGAUAAUUGGUGUUUUGGAGGAUACAAGCAAAGGAAAUGUGAUCUGCUUCUAUGGCUGGAAUGGAUUGGGGGCAUCGGCAGCUCUCAAAGUAGUAGCCCAACGCCUGAAAUCAUCAAAAUCAAAGUUUGACAAGGUUGUCCAUUUGGAUUGCUCAGUGUGGAAAAGCAGGAGGGAGCUGCAAAAGUCAGUCGCCAAGGAGCUAGAGCUUCCCCAAUCUGUGAUGGACAUCUUCAACUGGCACGACCAAGAAGAUGAUUUCAACGGGGUAGACGAAGGCGCUAGAGGGGUGAUAUCUGAUGUCACGGCGAAGAUCUUCCUAGAGCUUGUCAAUAGUAGAUUUGUGGUGAUAUUUCACAAUGGGAGUGGAGAAUACAUUGACCUGUAUGAGUGUGGUGUCCCCAUAACAAGAUUUUUGGGUAACAAAGUGCUGUGGACGUGGCGCGGGAGGUUUCGGCUCCGUCUCAAACUAAAGGACGGGGAAAGGAAAAAGAUGGGCAUGCUGACUGAUGUUGUUAUCUCAGCUUCUCAUGGAGGCCUCAGUCAUGAAGAAUUUUGGGAUCUAUUGCGUGAAGAGUCCAAGGAGGUUGUCACUUACAUGUGUAUUCCUGAGCUUGAGCCUAAUAUGAACCAUGUGAUAGUGAUGGAGUGCUUCCUAUAUGCCUGGGCACUGGGACGUGCCAACAGCGGCAUCAACUGGGAGACCCAUGCUUCAAAUUAUUGGGUAUGCGAUGGAAUCAUACCAGGGCAAGGUGACACAUCAGCCUGGGAGAUUGGCGAUGCUCUAAGGAGGAGCAUACGCUUGCAUUGGCUUCUACAAGAGAUUACUGCUGGGCAACAAAUUGAUGCUGCCAGUCUUCAUUGCCUGCGGUGGAGGCCUAAUAAGAGGUGGGUUUCUGCCACGCACCAAGUCCUAGAACUACAACAGGCCCUAGCUCCUGAGGUGACAUCCUUCCUCCUCCUCUCAGAUAAAACUGAUAGCAUGGCAGCAUUACCAGCUAGCAUCUUCCAACAUUCAGAAAGUAGCAGGCUGCGUGUGUUACAUCUCUCUCGUUGCACCUUCAGUUUUGCAUCUCCUCCCUUCCUCUGUUGUGACCAACUAAGAUUGCUCCAUCUGGACCAUUGCACAAAUGUAACAGUAGUCGAUGAGAAUCCAAGUCACAUUGAAAAUAUAUUAUGUUUCCAAAAGCUAUGGGUGCUGGAUCUGAGGUUUACAGAAUGGUACUGGCUGCUAUCAGAAAAGAUGAAGGGUUUAAUGGCAGACCUCAGGGAGCUGAAUGUGGAAGGAGUCAGGCAUGAGAGCAUAAGUGAUUUGUUCCAUGAUAGACCUCGCCUUGUCAUGCUCCGAGUAACAGCUAACCGGGACCAUGGUGACGACGACCAAGAGAAAAAUAAUCAAAUGCCAUUCCCCAAUAUGUCCAGUGCAAACAGCCUUAGCCUUAAGACAAUCAUCCUUGACGGCUGUGUCAGAUUGGAGCAAAUUGUCCCUGGCAUCAUGCCUCCGUCGCUCGAGUCAUUUUGCUUCUUCAACAAUGCUGCAACUACCACAAAGAUAUCUAGCAUCUCUUUCCAGGGUUGUUCUCAGUUGAAGAGUAUACUACUCGGAGGAUUAUUUGGAGGCCUCAAGGAGCUAAACCUCUCGGGAACAUCAGUGAAAAGCCUCGACCUCAGAGAAGUGGAAACUCCAAACCUCAAGCGUCUCAUCCUGCUAGGCUGCAAGAUGCUCUGUGCAAUAUUAUGGCCACCAGAAAACAAAAGGUCAUAUGUUUUGAAGGUUGUGCACAUCAACACCAUCCGAUCUGCAUCACCUAGCCAACCUAAUUGGGAAGAGAGUACCAACGAGGUUAGUGCUUCUACAAGGUUGUCAUCUAUUCAUACCGUUGCUACUACACAGCCAGGCAUCGGUGGAGCUGCAUCUUUUCACUUCUGGUACAUCUCUGUAAGGGAUGCAAGGCUUCUUAGAUCACUUAUGCCCGCAAGAGAAUAUAUCGAUUCUGUGUAUGGAUAUAUCGAAAUGGAUUCAUCUCCGACAUGUAGUGUUGCUGUUGGUGCCAGCUUAGUUGCUCAAAGAAUCGGUAGCCUGGAAAAGCCUUAUAAAUAUUUAGAUGCAAGAGAUGCCAUCAUUCUAGCUCACCUCCAUGAUGGUGCUGUUAAUGAAGGUGCAAUCAGUUGGAUAUGGGCUUGCCCAACUAGUCCUACUCCACCAGGUCAAGACUGGUAUGUUCACAUACAAGAUGAGGUGGAGAUGAAGAGAGGAUUACUACAGGAACAAGGGAGCAGCAUUGAAGGAACUAGUACUGGUGGUGCUCUACUCCCAAGUUUCAUAUGCCGUAAGGCAUGGUCGCUUCAUGUGCAUGAUAACUCGUCCAUCGCUUGCAUCCCAUCCCCAAGAGGUUCGAGGUGGAACUGCCUUAGAUUGUGCCAAGUCGAGAGGUGCCCCAAGCUACGCACUGUCUUUGCUACUCACCGAAAAAGUUUUAGUGAAACCAUAUUUUGGUUCUUGGCCACUUUUUGGGCAUCCCAGCUUCCAAUGGCGUGUUACAUCUGGAACUGGAGUGCAACAUCCCAACCUGGCAGAGGAUCCUUUGAACACCUAGUAUUCUUGCACCUAGACUAUUGUCCCAGGCUCAUACAUGUGCUACCCCUCUCCAAGUAUAUGGCCACUUUGCCGCACCUGGAGACAGUUGAGAUUGUGUGUUGCGGUGAUCUGAGGGAGGUCUUCCCUUUGGAACCUGAGUGCCAUGGGAAUCAAACAAUUAUAGAAUUUUCCAGCCUAAGGCGCAUCCACCUGUAUGAGCUUCCCACACUGAAACACAUUUGUGGGAGCAGGAUGUCAGCACCAAAGCUUGAGACCGUCAAGAUCAGGGGCUGCUGGAGCCUCAAGUUCCUGCCGGCCGUCCGCAGCAGCACCACCAACCGGCCCAAGGUGGACUGCGAGAAGGACUGGUGGGACAAUCUGGAGUGGGGCGGCUUGGCGGCGAAUCACCACCCUUCACUCUACGAGCUGACCCACUCGAUGUACUACAAGAAGGCCCAGUUGCCGAGAGGCCCUCUACUCAGGUGAGAGGUAAUAAAUCCCUUUCAUGAGUUGAUGCCUACGUGAGAGUCGAUCCGAUGGUGCUUCCUUAAAAGCUGAUGUCUUCUCUGUUGUGUAUGAUUGUGCGUUGCUUUCCCAGCUUCAUGCUGCCAUGGUGUUGCUAUGCAAGUGCAUAGACUGCAUCGUCAUGGUGUGGUGGCGUGCCUUUCAGUUUGGUUUGAUUUGGUUUUCUCGGUCAGCUUUGCUCGAUCGAUCAAGAUAUGCAUUGAAGUAUCUAUCAUCUGGUUGGAUGUAUGACGAUUGAACAAGCUUUGGGCAAGAGAGAAAUAAAUAAGGGAGGGCACUCUGCUUGUUCCGCAUAAGCACCCUGCUUUGGUCAUGCUGCUGCUAUGCGCUCCCCAGUGUGUGUUGUGGUGUGUGAUUUCUCAACUAUGGACUGAUUGUUGUAAUAUUAUUUAUCUAUUACUCCGACUUAUAUAUAAAUGACAAUGAAGAUUUAUGUGUCAUAUAUAAAUUCAUUGUAGCUUUAUGUUU